AUGCCUCACGUGAUUUCUGAAUUUCGGAGUGCUUUUGUUCCGGCAAGACUGAUUACUGACAAUAUCAUUGCUUUAAUUGAGAGUGUACAUGCCAUUAAACAAAGGGGUAACAGCAAGUUAAAGAAGAUGGUUCUUCAGUUGGACAUGUCUAAAGCUUAUGAUCAAAUUGAAUGGCCUUUCUUAGAGGGUAUGCUUCAAAGACUGGGCUUCAAUUGUCGUUGGGUGAGCUUGAUUAUGGAUUGUGUGAGAACUGUUUCGUAUUUGGUUCAAGUUAUGGGGCAACCUACUGGCAAGAUUGUUCCUACAAGAGGUUUAAGGCAAGGGGAUCCACUAUCGCCGUACCUCUUCCUAUUUUGUGCAGAAGGGUUAUCAGCACUUUUAACGAAGGCUCAGCGAGAUAAACAUCUUCACGGGGUCUUGAUGGCCCAUGAAGCUCCUACUUUGUCCCACCUCUUUUUUGCUGAUGAUAGUUUAUUGUUUUGCAAUGACCAGUUAUCUGAUUGUUCCCAAUUGCUAAAUAUUCUGAGAAGUUAUGAGCGUGCAUCAGGUCAUAAAAUAAAUUUUGAGAAGUCGGCUGCUUGUUUGAGACCAAAAACUGAUCCUAUUAUGAAGAGACUAAUUUUUUCAUUGAUGAGAGUAAAGUUGGUGGAGUGCCAUGAAAAGUAUUUAGGUUUGCCUACUUUAGCAAUGCGUAGCAAGAUUAACAUGUUUCAAUUUGUGCAAGACUGUUUGUGGAAAAAGCUCCAUGGCUGGAAUUCAAAAUUACUCUCUGCGGCAGGGAAAGAAGUGCUUAUCAAAGCAGUUGCACAGGCACUUCCUACUUAUACCAUGGGGGUAUUUCAGUUGCCAGCUACUCUGUGUAGUGAAUUAUCGUCAAUGAUUGCUCGGUAUUGGUGGGGAAAAGCUGGUAAAAAAAUUAUACAUUGGAUGAAUUGGAACAAGCUAUGUCAGCCAAAAUGCUUCAGUGGCCUUGGCUUUAAAAAUUUUGAAGCCUUUAAUGAAGCGAUGGUGGCCAAGCAAGCAUGGAGGCUUGUUGAAAACCCUUCUUCUUUGGUGGCAAGGAUUCCACAUGCAAGAUAUUAUCCAUAUGGGAUUUUAUGA